UCAACACAGAUUCAUUUUGAUUUCGCCGCUCGAUAAAGACGCAUUUCGAAUUUCACAUUUCGCUUGGCGGCGCGCAAGCAGUAAUUCGCAAAAAGUGAUUUCGAAAAUUUCUAAAAUCACUAAAAACGCGUUGCAAAUCAAUAAGUACAGUUAGAUAUUGGCGUAUGAGCGCGAGCGGUGCAGUGCGAGCGAGUUUAGCGAAUGCGGUGCUUGAAAGCGUGCUGUGAGUUAAGUGACAUUCUAAGCGCUUAAAUUGGCAAAUUGAAACUUUUUCUUUCGAAAACCUGUGCAUUUGAAUUUAAAUUUCUAUUUAUUGCGUUUUUUAAGUGGCACUCGCGCUUUUAUUGCCACUUUUUAUUGCCUUCGAGUCAACCAGCUACUUUGUACCUACCACUUAGCGGCAGUUAACAAACAAAUUUGAAACAAAAUUGCAGCGCUCAUUCUGCAAGCUCAAAAUAAAAUAUUUAUUAUUUUAAAAGCUAUUAUUAACGCUUUGCCAUUGGCAAUUAGCAGCAUGUCAACGAAAUAUAAUUUACGCGUUUGCGUGAGUGCAACAGCAAAGUGCCUGCGUGUGGCAACACUGCCACUUUCACUGCUGCUGCUUGUGAGUUGCGGCAGCGCGCUGUACUCCUGGUGCGAUCCGAACUUGUGCGAGCGCGGCGUGCGACAUUUGGCCUGUCGCAAUAAUGGCGAUUUUGCCAAGCGCUGCGCAUCUGAUGCCACUGAGUUGGACAUUUCCGCUUAUAAGGACCAAUUUGUGCACGAACACAAUAAGCGACGAAAUUUCCUGGCGCUCGGCUUGCUGCCCGGCUACUAUCCCGCUGCGCGCAUGGCCACUAUGAUCUGGGAUGAUGAGCUUCAGUAUUUGGCAUCACUCAACUUACGCACUUGCAUACUGGACCAUGAUUCCUGCCAUACCACUUACCGUUUUCAGUAUUCCGGCCAAAAUCUCUGCGGCGUUGUGCGUGAUCGCAAUCCAAAUGUGAAUGUGAGCGGAAUUAUCGAGGAAGUGAUGGGCUUGUGGUUCAAUGAGUAUCCAUUGAUCGAUAGCAGUUAUAUAAGGAAAUUCCGUGUGACCAAGUACUUUGAGGACUAUGGCCACUUCGCUGAGAUCGCUGUCGAUCGUAACACGCAUGUGGGCUGCGGUAUUAUACGCUUCACCCGGCCCGAUGUGCCCUACGUCUACAUCUACAACAUGGUCUGUAAUUAUGCCUCCAUUUAUGCCUUGGACACACCCGUAUACACGGUGGGCCAACCCGGUUCGCGCUGUCUGACGGGCAAAAACCCCUAUUAUCCCGGCUUAUGCUCCGAAAACGAGCCGAUCAAUCCAAAUUAUUGAGAGCCAGUGAUUUUAUGUAGUUAUAGUAGUGAAUAAUGCUAAGUUUAACACAAAA